GUUAAUCCGAGUGAACUACGUUUAUUUUCGACCCUCACCCGGCAAACAGAGUGUUACACAACCCUUAUUAAAUAGAUUAUUCGUGAAAUUCUCGCUUGAAAUUGUAUAUACGGGCAGAAAUAGUCCCCAGCAGGCAUACAUAUGGCGGGGGUUAGGUUACAGUAAUCCGCCUUUAUUACAUUUUGCUUACGUUCGCUGGAUCUAAGUAAUAAUUAGCAUAUAUAUUUUUUCAUAUUUUAACUUUUAGAGUGAUAAAUGAUGACUAUAACGUCAUCAUGAACGAAUAAAGAAUAAACAAGGCCACGUAAGCUAUUUUUACAAUCGAGUGUAUAAACGCAGACGCAGAUUUAUUUGUAAUAACUGUUCAAAUGAAUUAAUACAAUAAACAACACACAUCUUUAAUCCGCCCGUUAUUGGGUGUGUUCGACAUCAGACGUCACUGCGCAGACCGAGAGGCGGAUGACGUCAUAGGUCAAUCGGUCUGCGCAGCGUCCCAUGAAGUCUAACACGGCGCUUCUCUGUCAAUCUGGCUAAACUCACUGCUCUGUGUUUUCAUUUCUCUCUGUCUGUCCGAAUCGAGUCAUGAGGCUCAAGUCGUGUUGUGUUUACAGUGUCGCUGUUGUGUGUAUUCUGCUGUUGAUCGGCGGGAUCGCGAUGGUUUUGUCUCAAGUCUUUCAGAAGCUCAUAAACAGCAGAGUGAAACAGGAGAUUGUUCUGGUAAACGGAACUGAAGCGUUCUCGGUGUGGCAGAACCCUCCGCCUCCGGUUUACAUGCAGUUUUAUUUCUUUAAUCUGACCAAUCAUGCAGAGGUUCUGGACGGAGCCAAACCCUCCGUGGUACAGAUCGGCCCGUACACGUACAGGGAGUAUCGGUCCAUGGAGGAAGUGAAAGUUUUGGAGAACGGAACCAAAGUGGCAGCCAUCAAUCCAAAGACGUACGUGUUUGUGCCUAACAUGUCACGCGGCUCAGAGGAUGACCUCGUGCGGACCGCCAACAUACCUGCUGUGACAGUGAUGGAGAAAUUUCAAGAUCACCCGCUCAUCGGCAGAUUAAUCGCUGAUCUGAUGAGAUCUAUGAGCGUGGGGGUGUUCGGGACGUUCAGGGUGGGUGAUCUGCUGUGGGGUUAUGAAGAUCCUCUGCUCAAAGCUCUCAAAAUCUUCGUCCCUUUGGAUGAUCACUUUGGACUUUUCUACAAGAGAAACGGCACCAGUGAUGGAGAUUACGAGUUUCUAACGGGGACACAGAACUAUUUUGAUUUUGCUCGUAUAGACAAGUGGAACGGACAGAGUUCAUUAAACUGGUGGAGCACAGAUUACUGCAACAUGAUCAAUGGAACGGACGGAGCGUCUUUUCAUCCCAUCAUCACAAAGACAGAGAAGCUCUACAUGUUUUCUACAGAUCUCUGCAGAUCUCUGUAUGCUGUGUAUGAAUCAGACGUGAGUGUACGAGGACUCCCGGGAUUCCGUUUCGUUCCACCCCGUGAGGUUUUUGCUAACAUCACCAUUAACCCGGAUAACGCCGGCUUCUGUGUGACAAAUGACACCUGCGUCGGGUCUGGACUGCUCAACAUCAGUGUGUGUAAAGAAGGAGCUCCCAUCAUCAUGUCAUCACCUCACUUCUAUCAGGCUGAUGAUAAAUAUAUUCAGGAUGUUUAUGGGAUGAACCCCAGGAAAGAGGAACAUGAAACAGCCAUUGACAUCAACCCGCUCACUGGACUUCUGCUCCAGGCUGCGAAGCGUCUUCAGGUGAACGUGUUUCUGCAGCAGAUCUCAGCGUUCAGUCAAACAGAGAAAAUCAGGACGUUGGUGUAUCCUGUCAUGUACAUUAAUGAGAGUGUUGUUAUUGAUGAAGAAUCUGCCGAGAAACUGCAAGUGGUCGUCACCAAGGCUAAUGUCGUCAUCAACAUCCCCUUCAUCGUGAUUGGUGUAGGUAUCUUACUGGGCGUGGCCUUCAUUGUGCUCAUCUGCCACCAGAAAGGACAAGAGAGCUCGGCAGCAGAACGUCAACCCCUCCUCGCGUCAUAAAGUCACCUGACCGCCGAGAGACGGACAAACAUCAUCGCCAACUCUCAUUGCUUAACACUAUAAGGUACUUUCAUUUCACACGGUAACAGUCUGCCACUUCACUUCAGUCACCGUCACACGGAUCAAAGUGCAAAGUUUGACUAGCGUCACCAGGAUCGGCCGGACCUGACGGGAAAGAAGUUCCUUUUCAUUUACAGCUUAUACGUGCGGAUUUUAACAGAAUAUCACAGGAGUGAGAGAUCAGACUGAAUUUUCUCACAUGUUUGUGUUUUAAACCAAGUUAUAUGUGUACAUAAAGUCUGAUAACAGGUGUGAUGCAACACCAUACACAUCUUCACUGAUCUAAUAAUAAUAUUCUUAUGUAAUGACGGAUCAUUUGGCAUUUUUUUCUGCUUCAUGACUGACAGAUUGAGCAUCGUCAUGUUUGAGAACUCUCACUACACUUCAUUUGGUGCCAAUUUCAUUUUCAUCACACAAACACAUCACUCAUACAGUUCAAGUUUUCAUUUCAUGUUUGUUUGUUUAUGAAUGUAAUGCACUGUAUAGCCGACCCGUCAGCGAUGUUUUACCCGGACAUUAUAACAUUAAGGUGAUUGUAUGAAACUCUUGUCCUCCUGAUAUUUCUAAUCAUUCACUGAUAUGCACUGAUGAGUCAGGAACAGAAUAUUCACAUCACACAUCAGCUGUCAUGUCUGACACGCUUGUGUUUCUCUCAAUAAUAAUGACGAAAAAAGCUUCUUUAACAGCGUCUGAAUUCAUAUAUUCAACCGGUAUAAUCGUGAUUUUUCCAUUUUAUCUGAAAAGCAUUUUCUUAUCUGUUUAUUUCAGCAUUUGUCGUCUGAGUUUCUUAUUUUUCUUAAGAAAAAUAAUAUUGCACAAGAUAAUGUAACAAAAUAAUGAGACAAUAAAACAUUUGAAUGAAAAAACAGGUUACAGCAUCUCACCUGAGGUGUCUGACGUUUACAAAAUAAAUAAAAUAACGUUAUUCUACA